UACACAUAAACCUUGACUGUGAGCGUCUUCCCUUAACUGUCUCACCAGAAUCCCAGCUACUCUCCCAUCUCCAGAUUCAGCCGCUUAACCAAUGAUUCCUUGCUGACACCUCCUUAGCAUCACUAAUUCUGUGCCCUACUGUUCUCCUUUUCUCUGCCCCUUCCUUAUAAUCCUCACCCUCCUUGUCUGCCUGCAGGUUUUUUGGGUGAACUGGCCCUGGUCCCCUUACUGCCCUCUCAUUUGCUGUCUGCUCCAUCAGAGGAAAUAUCCUUUCAGCCACAGUCCCCACAUACAAACACUUGGGGAUUCGGGACUCUAAACCUGUCCCAUGUGUCACUGUCUUGGCAUUCAUAACUCAGACCAAUUCUGGAAAGAAGGCUUCCUUCACCCCUUGGAUCUUACGCCAGGUCCCAAUGAUAAGAAGUCAGAACUACUGCCAGCUAAGUGGAACAGCAAUAAAGAACUGUAUGCUCUCCGGUAUGAGUCUAAGGAUGGAGCCAGAAAACUCCUUCUGAAAGCUGUCUCUGUGGAGAAUGGCAUGAUCAUCAAUGUGCUGGAACAUGGCACACAGCAGGUGGCAGACUUGACUCUGAACUUAGAUGAUUAUAUUGAUGCAGAAGACCUGAGUGAUUUCCACAGGACCUAUAAGAACAGUGAGGAGCUUCGAUCUCGGAUCAGAUCUGGAAUUAUCACACCUAUCCAUGAGCAGUGGGAGAAGGCUCGUUCAAGCAGUCCCCCUCGGGAGUUCCCACCUGCCACUGCCAGAGAGGUGGACCCACUCCGUAUUUCCUCACACCAUCCUCAUACUAGCCGGCAGCCUACUUGGCGUGAUCCCCUGAGCCCAUUUGCUGUCGGGGGAGAAGACCUAGACCCUUUUGGGUGUCAGAGAGGUGGCAUGAUUGUGGAUCCCCUAAGAUCUGGCUUCCCAAGAGCACUUAUUGACCCAUCCUCAGGCCUCCCAAAUCGGCUUCCUCCUGGUGCUGUGCCCCCAGGAGCUCGCUUUGACCCCUUUGGACCCAUUGGGACCAGCCCAUCUGGACCUAAUCCUGACCAUCUUCCCCCACCGGGCUACGAUGACAUGUACCUGUGAAGGCCUCAAGAAUGUAACAUCUCAGCCUCCCUUUCACUCUCCAGGAGCUACCACCACUGACCCCAUCAGCGUCUGUGUUCUUGUGGGCUUGGGGCAGAGGAAUCUGCCCAUGUGUUUGCAGGCCUGCUGGGGUUGCAUCCCCAGCCCUAGUCAGAGCCGAGGUGCCUGCUGCAGCACCCCACCAAGCUGCAUAUAGGCCCCAAGGAAAAAUGAGUGUGUCUCAAUCACCAGCUCCUCCCCACUUCCAAGGGAGACUCCGGCAACAUCAACCCUCCACCCGAUGCAGUCACGGUCACAGCGCUAUAAGAACAGAACGCAUUUUGGAUGUUAUUAUUAAGAACCAAAUGUCAAUACAAAAUUCAUGUUGCCGGUCUUCCACUCUCCUUUUUAUGUUAAUGCACAAACUCUUAAGAGUUUGAUACUUCAUAGGACUACAGGAUUCCUACAAGGGCAUUCUUCUCAAGCACCCCCUCUUUCACAAAUUACUCUUGGUCCUGACAUCACUAAGAUGAGCCCUCCCCUCCCCCCAUGCUUUCUGGGUGUAAGUGUGACUAGAACCCAUGAGCCACAAGGAUGAUUUCACCAAAGCAGGCACACUAGGAAACCUGCUGCUCCUCCUGCUGUCAUGUCAAGCUAGCGUGAGCAAGCUCCCUAGCUGCCGAAGGAUCCCAUGGGUCAGGCACUGACCACCUUGAAGCUCUAGAACAUUCUGUGCUCUGAAGCCACAGACCAGGCAGAGACAAAGACAAGACAUUCAUUGUGCAUCAACUUCAUUGUUGAGGGCUGGCAGAUGGGAGGUUAGGUUGGGUUUUGUUGGUAAUUGGGUACCUGCAAAAGGGCUUAGGGCACUUUGCUCAUUAAAGCAUCCCUUAUUUAUGCAAGGAAGCAUUUAAAGGAUCAAUGGCUAGAACUCUCCAGAUAGGCUUGGGAAGGCACAUAACUUGGACUGAUUAAGGCAAACAAUCGGCAUAGUGUUUAUGGAGAAAGGACUGGUUUGGUUUGGUUUGGUUUGGUUCCUAUAAGUCUCCUUACAUAAUGUCUCUAAAAAACACAGUAUCAUAGAUGUGAGAAGCCUUGAAUGGUGCCUCCAGGAACUUCUGGUCAAGCUGCUGGAACUUGCCUGGGUGUCUGUCACUUACUCCUAGCUGUGUAUAGCCAACAGCAAGAGGGAAUGUUUCAGGUAUAUGUCCUGUAGAACCUCCAAGUUGGAGCCUUUGCGGUAAACAAAUAGCACCUUACAACCUGGUUUUUAAAAACAGCUUUAUUAGGAGAAUUUACAUAACCAUGAAAUUCACUCUUUUAAAGUACACAACUCAGUGGGUUGUGGAGUAUUCACAAUGCUGUGCAUCCAACCCCAGAUUCCUCCAGAAGAAAUAUCCCCACUGGCAAUCACUCCUAUUUUCCCUCCCCCAGCCCAGGCAACCCCCGAUCUGUUUGUGUAUUCUGGACAGUUUUCAUAAAUGACAUCACUCAA